CUAAACGACGAACUACUUUUUCAUUCAUGUGAUAAUAUUGAUCAUUUCCUUCAUUUAGUAAAAUAAUCAGAAUUGCUAUGGUGACUGUGACCGAUUGUUUGAAAACGUCAAAAUUUUACCGCGGUUGAAAAUGUGUCAAAAAUUUCUUACGUGAUCCAAGGAAUAAUCAAGCCGAAUAUCCCGCGUGCUUAUAAAUAUUAUAGAUUUUGUCGUUUUCAAUCAAAUUGUUUUGCUAAAAAGAAAUACUUCUCCUGAAUUCUCCACCCACAAUCCACCCAAUUUUGUAACAUGGUAAAUUGACUCGACGUAUUUUUAAGCAAAACAUUUGACGAAAAAGUCAAAAUUUAAUCGGCUAUUUUUAUGCACUUGGGAUAUUACUGUUGCAAUAUAGUGGAUUCAGCGAAAAAGUUUAGGGGAGUUCUCAAUAUAUCUCCAUCUAAACAGUCAGAUUGCACCACGCCUGGAAAACAACUUGGGCAGUGUAUAUCUUUUCAAGAUUGUCGGGAGCUGACAAAGUUGUAUAAGAGUCGCCCAUACCAUGAAACUGCCGCCUAUUUGGACGAAGCACGUUGCGGGCUUAAGGGUGAGGAAGAACAAAUGUGUUGUUCGAUAAACGGUAACGAUUUCCUGUUAUACUUGGCACUAAUCACGACCAGCACGACCGAUACUCCAAAUCUUCUCCCUUCUCCUGACAAAUGUGGGCGAGAGAUGGGAAUGAGAAUGUUUGGUGGAAAAGUGGCGGAGUUGGACGAAUUUCCAUGGAUGGCGAUCCUUGAGUAUUCAAAAGCAAAACAGUCAGAUAGUAGCUUCCACUGCAGUGGUGCUUUAAUUUCCAACAGAUAUGUUCUAACAGCAGCUCAUUGCAUUACAGCGUACAGGGCCGAACAAUGGGAACUGAGAAGCGUUCGCUUAGGCGAACACACUUUACAAAACAAAACAGACUGUAACCCCUUCUACUGCACGAAAGAUCCAGUAAAUGUGCCAGUGGAAGAGUUAAUUACCCACGAGCUUUUCGAUCCCAACAGUGUAUCUUCAGCUAAUAAUAUAGCGUUAAUUAGACUUCAGCAAGAGGUAGUAUUCACAGAUUUCAUUCAUCCCAUUUGUCUGCCACCAACUGAUAAUACGGACUACACAGGGCUCAACAUGCUCAUUUCUGGAUGGGGACAGACAGAACAUGUACCGAAGAGUGGUGAAAAAUUGAAGCUACGGAUUCAGGUAACAACACAAGAAAAGUGCAUAACAACGUACCGGCUAGCGAACGUGGAACUAAAAGAAGGUCAGAUAUGUGCGGGUGGAGUGAAAGGAGAGGACUCGUGUCUCGGUGAUGGCGGAGGACCACUUAUGUUAUUUAAUCAAACAGCUUCAACUUAUUUUGUUGCCGGAAUUACGACAUUUGGUAACGCGGAUUGUGGUACGGAAGAUUGGCCUAGUGUUUAUACGAAGGUUGUAAAUUACAUCCCAUGGAUUAAUAGUAAACUAAGACCGUAGUGAUUAAUAAAAUAUUUUGUAAAAGUGG